UUCUUCCUGUCUGAGACGGCAUGUUACAUAGAACGUCUGCAGGUGAGUGUGUGUGUGUGUGUGCCAGGCGAGAUGUGGCUAGCUGGAGGUGGCGUGUCGUCGUUGAGGCAUGUUAGACUCCUGUCGCCUCUCGGCGCCAUGUUUCCCUCGCCUCUCCGCGCCGCCGGAUGGAAAAGCAGCUCAAGGCCCGGCGCGGGGGGCGUCGGCCCGGGGCGGAGCAGAGCAGCGGGCCGCGGCGCGCAACAUGUCACCCCAGCCUGCUGACCUGAGAGAGGCCAGCACUGGGAGUUGUGGGAAGUCUUGUCUCACUAUGUUGUCUUCCUUCCAAGGGAAGCUUGUGCGGAAUGGAGAGGAUAAGAAAGCAGUGAUCUGUGUUGAGGGGAACAUUGCCAGUGGGAAGACGACGUGUUUGGAGUAUUUCAGCAAAACCAGCAAUAUAGAGAUCCUUACAGAACCAGUCUCUAAAUGGAGGAACGUCCAGGGACACAACCCUCUGGCUCUGAUGUACCAGGAUCCUGAGCGCUGGGGCAUUACACUGCAGACCUACGUUCAACUCACCAUGCUGGAUAGUCACUUGUCAUCCAAAGCGGCUCCUGUCAAGAUGAUGGAGAGGUCCAUCUUCAGUGCCAAGUACAUAUUUGUGGAGAAUCUCUUCAGAAGUGGGAAAAUGCCAGAGGUGGACUAUGCUGUUCUCAGCGAGUGGUUUGAUUGGAUCACAACAAACAUUUCCAUUCCUGUUGAUCUGAUUGUUUACCUGCAAACGUCUCCUCAGAUCUGCCAUGAGAGGUUAAAGCAGAGAUGCAGAGAGGAGGAGAAAGUCAUUCCAUUGGAGUAUCUGGAGUCUGUCCACCAGCUGUAUGAGGAUUGGCUCAUCAAGCGCACCUCCUUCCCUCUUCCUGCUCCUGUUUUGGUGAUUCGUGCUGACCAUGACCUCAAGAAGAUGCUGUGCCAGUACGAAGAAAACCGUGACAAGAUCCUCGCAGCUAGCUACGACUGAUACCCAAACAUACAAUUAUACACAAGCACACGCACAAACAGGAGACAGGAGAUCCCAGAAAGCUGUUUAGAAACCAUAGUUAUACAAUUGAUCUGUUACAUUUAAGUUUUUCACUACCAACUAUAGCUUCGUCUUUAAGAUUCUGAUUUUGACAAGUCAUCUCUGUAUAUGUGACAACUUGUACCCAACUGCAUUUCAGCCUGUAUGUGUUAAUAUAAACUAAUACUCAUAUAAAGUAGUUUUUAAUUACAAAAUGUUCUUAUCAAAUCCUUUAUUAAAACUAUUCUCACCCACAGGGUGGAAAAGCUUCACAAACAGAACUGACUUCAUUGCAAGUAAAACAUUCCACUGACCCUCAGUUUCUCAUUAAAAUACUUUUUUCUUAAGGGAACUUGAAAAACUUCCGAGUGUCAAAGAAUGUUCUUAGAGCUCCUCUGACUGUCACUUCAAAUUGCGACAUUUCACUGAUUCAUUCUGUUUUGUUUGCAGUUUCUUCUUCAGUUGCCAUUUCUUAGUUCGCUUGUUAUAUCCCUAUCCAAUGUAAUGCACUUGAAGUUUAUCCCGAGAUCUUAAAUCUUGCCGUCACCCAGAUAUCUGUAAUGUGUUUGGAUUUUAAAAUUUAAUGGAUGUGGUCAAAGCAGGUUGCACUGGUUCAUGAGGGGACCUCAGGUGCAUGAGUAUUUGAAUUGUAAAAUGAAAACUGCAUGAGUAACAACCACCACUGCACCUCCUACAGUUACAGAAUACACAAGCCCAUAUACUGUAAAGUGAUUUCACUGAUUUUGGGACCUGAUGAAGACUAUUUAGGGUUGAACUGUUUCUCUGUAUUUAAUUUUAAUGAAGGAACCUUUGCUUUUUGUUUAACAUGUUUUGUCAUAUUAUUAUGUAAAUCUUCAAUCCUAAUUUUGAUUGUGAUUUUAAAUAUUUUUGCUCUUUAUGUUCGUCAGAUAUGUUAGUUUAGGGAGUCGAUAAGGAAGAAAAUGUGAGAUAUUUAGUGCUUCUCAUCAAACAGUUUAGUAAUCUUGGGGUAAGUUACCACUCAUGAUUCAUGAUCGUUAAGCAAUGUAACAUGACAAAUAGUCAUAUUGUUCACACAUUGUUUAAACAAACCCUAUUGUUCUCAACCGCUUACAGGACCUGAUAUAAAAAGAA